CCACCUGCUUCUUUCUAUCUUUCUAUCAAGUUUUGAGUUUUCUUCUUCAUAAAAUAGCCUAAAAAAUUUGCAGAUUCUCCUUCGAAUUAGUCACCAGAAAUUCAGGGUUAGUUAGAUGAUUAUGGAAAACGAGGACUAUGAGGAUUGGCGAGGGAGGAAAGCAGAUACUUCAAAACAUGGGGGAGUAAUAGCUGCAGGUUUUACAUGUGUUGUGGAGGUAUUAGAGAAUGUGGUAUUCCUAUCCAAUGCAAUAAACUUUGUGGCAUACUUCAUGAAGUCCAUGCAUUACCCAGCCGCUGAAGCUGCAAACAUGGUCACCAAUUUCAUGGGCACCUCUUUCCUCCUAACCAUCUUUGGCGGCUUUAUCAGUGACUCUUACCUCACUCGAUUCAAGACAUUCAUCUUCUUUUGUAUACUAGAGUUGUUGGGACUAAUUCUGUUGGCAGUUCAAGCUCAAUAUUCAAAGUUACAGCCGAAAUUCAACGAACGUCCUUCUAAAUCUCAAGCAGUGUUUCUUUACUUCGGCCUUUAUGCAAUGGCAGCUGGAGUUGGUGGCAUCAAGGCUGCCUUGCCAGCACACGGCGGUGAUCAGCUCGACCACGGCAACCAGCGACACAUUUCCGCAUACUUCAACUGGUACUUCUUCUCUCUUUGCACAGGCGGCCUCAUAUCCUCCACAGUCAUGGUCUGGAUCCAAGACAACGAAGGGUGGAAAUUGAAUUUUAACAUUUCAAUCGGCACUCUAAGCUUAGCACUCUGCAUAUUCACGGCUGGAUUUCCGAUAUACAGAUUAAAACGUCCUGGAGGAAGUCCAAUCACAAGAAUUUAUAAGGUUUUUGCUUCUGCAAUUCGAAACAGGAAAUUCUCGCCCCCACCGAAGACAGAUAUUCUUGGGGAAAGUUCAAGUGCAAGAACAACCCGAGGGAAACUCAGGUUCUUAAACAAAGCAUUAAUGGAUGAGAAAAUUACUACUGCUGAAGUUGAAGAAACAAGAACAUUCUUGUGGCUUCUCCCAAUUUUCGCUAGCACGAUCCUGAUGAAUUGUUGUCUGGCUCAAUUACAGACGUUCACAGUAGAGCAAGGGAACAUGAUGAACAGAAAAGUGAAGAAUUUCAUGAUCCCUACGCAAUCCCUGACAAUGUUUCCCUUAAUAAUCAUGCUCGCUUCAAUACCUUUAUACGAGCAUUUUGCGCGCAUUAUUGGAGCCAAGCAGAGGACUAGUGGGAUAAGCAAUUGGUUACGGCCGCUGAAGAGGAUCGGAAUCGGUCUGGCGCUGGCAUCGGUGUCCAUGGCGGCAGCUGCCGUAGUUGAGGUUAAAAGGCGGAAGGAGGCGGUGAACAAUGGGGCUGAAAUAUCCGUGUUUUGGCUGGCGUGGCAAUACUUGCUGCUCGGCGUUGCAGAUAUGCUAACUCUUGGAGGCAUGCUCGAGUUUUUCUACUCAGAAGCACCCGAUAGCAUGAGGAGCAUGAGCACGGCACUGUCGUGGUGCUCGACAGCAAUGGGGUACUUCAUUAGCUCAGUGCUGGUGACAAUCGCCAACUCCAUCAGUGGAGCAUUUGGGAGAAAGUGGUUGGCAGGACAUGGCUUGAAUCACGGCCGUUUGGAUUUGUUUUAUGCUCUUCUUUGCGUUCUUAACUUCCUUAAUCUCUUGAAUUACAUCUUCUGGGCUAAGCGGUAUUAGGUUUCUUGUUUAUAAUGUUCUCUUAGGUUUAAUUGUCAUAGAACAGUUGAUAUGCUGUAGAUGUCGGCUGUUAGGAAUCAACUUCAUCUAAUCAACUACUUUUGUGUCG